GGAAGGAUGUUGGGAGGCACGUUAACUUUCGAUUGAAUUAUUUAUAAACUUCAUAUAUCAAAUGUUGCCGUAGGCACAUCAUGCAUUUCCACUACAAAAAUGAUACUAGUAGUUAUGGCAAUUCCUGUGGAAAACAAAACAAAACAACAAUGGGGAUUGAAGUCUGCGUGAAGGCCGCUUCAGGUGCACCUGAUGUUCUUGGUGAUUGCCCUUUUAGUCAAAAGAUUCUUCUCACUCUCGAGGAGAAGAAGCUUCCUUACAAAACUCAUCUCAUUGACGUUUCUCUCAAACCGGAUUGGUUCUUGGCUAUUAGUCCCAAGGGAAAACUUCCAUUGAUGAAGUUCGACGACAAUGACGAGUGGGUGGCUGAUUCUGAUCUCAUAGUGGGAAUCAUCGAGGAGAAAUAUCCGGACCCUUCCCUCGUGACGUUUCCUCCUGAAUAUGCCUCUGUGGGCUCCAAGAUCAUUGGUGCUUUUGUGAUGUUUUUGACGAGCAAAGAUCAUGCGAAUGAUGGGUCCGACAUGGCUUUGUUGGAUGAACUUGAGGCGUUGGACCAUCACCUCAGGACUCACGUUGGUCCUUUUGUGGCUGGCGAUAAAGUCACGGCCGUGGAUUUGAGCCUAGCGCCAAAGCUUUACCAUCUAGAGACUACCUUAGGACAUUUCAAGGAUUGGUAUGUCCCUGAGAGUCUAACCAAUGUUCGAAAUUACAUGAAGGUGUUGUUCUCUCUUGAGUCUUUUGAGAAAACUAAGGCUGCCAAAGAAUAUGUGAUUGCGGGUUGGGCUCCUAAGCUCGACGUGUGAUGCAUUAUUGUCUUGUGUUAUUACUAAAAUGUAGUCUUGUGUUUAUUUCCUCAUCUAUUUAAAAUAAAGAAACACACCAAGUGUUGGUGUCUUCUGCUA